UCUAAAACUAGAUACAUUUUGUAAUUUAAUUCUUCUAAAUGUUGAUAUCAUAAUUGAUAAGAUACUACAUAAUAAUUUCUUGAGAAAAAUUAAAAUUGGCAUUUUGAGGAAUUAAAAACAGAUAAUCAUGAGGGUGUGAAAUAAUCAAACAUUAAUUAAACAAAGGACAGGUAUCAGAUUCACAGGUAGUUAAUCACUCGUUAGACAAACACCUGUGACUAGUAAGGCUUCACUAAUCACUCUACUUGACCACUGCCUUUUGAUCUAUCUGUAUUUUAACAACACCUUGUACCACUACAAAGGGGUUAAGUGAUAAUGGGUAUAGGUGGCUUCCUCUUUGUGCUCUAUACAAGGUAAUUAUAAUUAAGUAGGCCCUUUGAUCAUCUCCCCCUACUGUCCUCAGAAAGUGAGGUAUGGAGAACUCGGAGUCGCUCGAAGCUACUCAAAUUAAAAUUCGAACAUGAUAAAAGCAGGUGAAUUUUCUGGAAACUAACCAAAUCAGAUUUGCUAUCGUAAUCUAAACAACACUUGAGACUAAUCAUUGAUCAUGGACCACAAGGAGAUUGCUGGCCUGGCCCUAGAACUACAGUCACUGUUGAUUGCCCAUGAUAAGGCAUUCACACAGGUCCAACUUAUAGAUAACAAGCUCAGUGACCUGACUGCUAAGUUAUUUUCUGCCCAUGUUGAGGGACACCAGGGCCUCAGACUACACCUACUCAACAGGAAGUCUGUCAUUGAGGGAGUGCGACAUGCCUUUCAUCAGUACCGUGUCGCUAAGUGGAACCAGAUUCGUCUGUUAUCUAGUCUGAUCCUGGAGACCUUCGUAGUAGAUGAUUCCACAUUUCCCCUCCCUCCACAUCCAGACUACACACAUCAGCAGACCGAGGAAGAUGACCUGGCAACUACCCUUACUAUUGGUUAUUCUGUGUGUUCUAGGACCCUGUGAUUUCAUAGAUAAUUGAUUCUUGUGGCAGUGAUUGAGGUGGAUGAAUCAUCAAUCGUGUUGCUGAUUUUACAUCAUUGAGGCCAGAGAAGGACAGAAUAGAAUUGGCUAUGCACUUUAGUUCUUGGUAGCUAUAUGCACCAUUGUCUCUAAUGUAUACUUAGACUAGUGCUUUAGUACAUUGUUGUUACGGAAACACUUGUGUCAAAUACUCUGUAAUAGUCACUCUUGAAACUGUUAUUAAACCUAUCAAAAUUUAUAUUAUUGGUCUUGUUUUGUUUUUUUCCACAAAGAAUGUUGUCAAAUGACAAUAUCAAAUAUCAGUACCAGAUUAUUUUUCCUAUGUGUAUGAUACAUUGAUGGUUCAACAUUGACAAAUCACAUUGGCUUAACAGUGUUGCUGACAAUUCACAAUUUAAUCUAAUUUAAGACAUUGACUAAAAAGUAGGUGUAAAUAACUUUCAAAACAAGGACUUAAGUCAUAAAUUGAGAAAGUAUAA